AUGCCCAACUGCACCCAUGUCAACAUGGAUCGUAUCUAUGGACGAGACCAACAGUGCUACGUUUGUGGGCGAGAGCCAUCGAUAGGCUUUCUGUACGAGUGCCGCCAGGACUGCAGCUCUCUCUCACUGCACAACUUUCUGGAGGAAUCGGAGGACGGCGACACAAAGUCGGCUCUAAGAUUGGAGUUGGAGGACAUUGGCCUGAGCGAAAGUGUGAUUCGCACCGCAGAGCAAGGUUACUACACUACCGCACAGCUUGAGCUACUCAAGUCACAGAAGCAAGACCUACGACAGAUCAUUGAAGACUCCGUCCAAGGCAGCCAAAUUAACGAUGUUGUCGCCAGACUUACAGCGUUUGCCUCGACACCCUCAAACAAUGAUGGCGCCAUGAACAGUAGAGCCAAAGAUCCCUCGGUUGCUUGCGCGUUCAGAGCAUGCCACACUUGUCGUCCUUACUACCGCGAUCGUGUUUACAUCUCCUUCGAAGCUGUGGUGUCAGCUGACUUUCCUCCUCUCUCGAGAGACGAAGCGAAGCACCUACCUACCAAAUCUGCAGAAAUUUUGCGCUCCAUCAAGGGUUCUCAGACGUCUCUAUCGACUCAAGUUGGUUAUGAAGAAUCGCCGCUCACAGCUCGCACCACCAUUACGUUUGCUGCCUCCACCGAUGCGCCGCACACAGCUUCUACCGCCUCCGACUCGAGCGAGCUGACAUUCAAGACCUCACAGACCGAUGUCGAUGAGCUCCGCGCUCUUCGCAGACCUCGCCGCAGAUUCUACAAUAUCGGCCACAGAUCCUCCGGCGAGAUAGCGCGUGACUUGUCAAGGAUGCCCCAACUGCUAUCGCGCCAGGGUCUGAAGACCGCCAUGCAAACGAUCUUCCAUCCAGGUAGAGACUCGAGUUCAUCUGGAUCCAUGAUCACACUUCCUGUCCCGCGCACAGGCACAGUUCGCGAUUCAGGAGCUACACGAGCAGUUGGCGACUUCGACAUCGGCGCAUUGCGUCGAGUCAGGCGUCAGAAAGAGCGAAAUGAGGUCCGAAACGGCACAUACGUGGGAGGCUUUGAAGACGUUGACAUUCCCCGAGCUGCAACCCAGCAAGUGGUAUCGUCGUGCCCACCUAACAACGAGGGAGAGGGUAGCCGCUCGUCAGACUCUGACUUCUCGGUCUAUUCCUGCGUCUCAGAGAGCAGCGAGGUAGCAGCUGAAGGAGGGAUGGCGCUCUCGGAGGAAGUAGUUGUCACCCCUGCUUCAAAGACAGCCAUCCGUAUCCGGACCAGAGCGAUGGGUUAUGAAGAUGACAACUUGGAAGACGGUGUCGGGUUGCAAAGCAUCAUGGCGCAAGUCUGA